AUGGAAAAUAUUUUCAAGCACGAGCUUCGUCGAAAUGCCAAGCCUAACCCAGUAGCAACUACAUUUAUGGAACUUCUUUAUUCUGAUCCCCAUCCAGCACGAACCAUUGAAUAUGAUCAACUAAUUUUGGGAUUGCAGCGGGCUGUCAAGAACAAAACAGUUCUAGCCAAGAAGGACAAGUCCGGAAAGCUGACUAUUUAUAACUACAUUGCCAAUACGUGGGGAUUCUUUGAAUGCCUGGCGCGGGGACUCGUCAUUGAUGAGGAGAACCGAAGAAUCGUGGCAACCCCAUUCCCCAAGUUUUUCAACUAUGGGGAAAUUACCAAUGCAUUCCCAAGUGGUCCAUUCCAGGCCGCGGAAAAGAUGGAUGGAUCGUUGGGUGUUGUCUUUUGCCAUGAGGGUACCUGGCAAGUGGCCACCCGUGGUUCCUUUCAGUCGUCUCAAGCCGAAUGGGCCACUGAAUGGUUUCAAUCCAAUGUUUCCAACAAAAUUUCUCAGCAACACUGCCUUUCCACCAUCUUGGUAGAGAUCAUUUACCCAGAAAAUCAAAUUGUGAUUGACUAUGACUUUUCGGGAUUGGUACUCUUGGGUGCCUACCAUGCAAAUGGCCGCGAAUACAGCCGUUCCGAACUCGAAGAGCUUGCGACUGAGGUCGGUAUCCGUCUUGCCAAGCUAUACCAAUUUGAAUCUGUGGCAGAUGUCCUCCAAUCCGCAACUAGUCUUCCCGGAGACAAGGAGGGCUGGGUACUCCGGUUCCCAUCAGGGUACCGAAUGAAAAUCAAGGGUGACGAAUACUGCAAUCUUCAUCGGUCCCAUUCGAUGUGCACUCCUUUGAAUAUUUGGAACACGAUGAUGAAGUCCAAUGAAGACAUGAAAAAGUUCUCCGACUCCAUGCCGGAGGAAUUCGCUGUGGAUGUGGGAAGGAUUGAGCAAAAUUUAGAACGACGAAUGGACGAAUGCUUGGAAAUUUUGGCGGCUGCCAUUCAAGCUACUUCCCAUUUGUCGCCCAAGGAACUAGGUUUGCUAUCCCCCAACUCGAACAAGAAGCAAUUUCCCAAACCCAGCAAUACUGAUUCACUCGCGGAAAUCAGCGUUCCAUCCAAGGCCGAGGAGGAGACAGCUGUCAUUCCUGCUUGGACCUUGCCAUUUCUGUUUCAAUCCAAAAAAAAGGAAUUUCAAAAUGGUGCCAUGCUAACGUUGAUCUGGGAUCACCAGGGAAAUGUCAAGGCCCAGCGGCUUCGAGCAAAAGUUUUUGAACGUUUUCGACCCAUGAACAAUUCCCUAGACGGAUACAUUCCGACUGGUGUCACCAAUCGAUUUGCCAAUCGAUUGGAAGAAACUCGAUCCAAUCAAGCAACCGCGCCGUGA